AUGGCCCGCGACACCAACGAAACCAAGAUCCAGCUUGCCCUGAACCUCGAUGGUGGCGACUUCCCCCCCGAGACCGAUGCCCGCCUGCUCAGUGAUGAUGGGAGCCAUGCCUCCCAGACCAGCAAGUCACAGAAGAUCGCCGUUAACACCGGCAUUGGAUUCCUAGACCAUAUGCUGCAUGCCCUCGCUAAGCAUGCUGGUUGGAGUUUGGCCGUCAACUGCCAAGGCGACCUGCACAUCGAUGAUCACCACACAGCUGAAGAUGUUUGCCUCGCUCUCGGAUACACCUUCGCCAAGGCCCUCGGCACCCCGGUCGGCCUCGCUCGCUACGGAUAUGCCUAUGCUCCUCUCGACGAAGCCCUCUCCCGCGCUGUGAUUGACCUCUCCAACCGCCCCUACGCUGUCGUCGAGCUGGGCCUCAAGCGCGAGUUCCUCGGCAAACUCAGCUGCGAGAUGGUCCCUCACUGCUUUGAGAGUUUCGCCCAGGCCGCCAGGGUCACUCUGCACGUCGACUGCAUCCGGGGUUUCAAUGACCACCACAGAGCCGAGAGUGCCUUCAAGGCAACGGCUGUGGCUAUCAAGAUGGCCACGAGCAGGGUCGCGGGUAAGGAGGGUGAGAUUCCUAGCACCAAGGGCACGUUGAGCGUAUAA